GCUUUGAACAUAACAAGCUACUUGCUGAAUUCCGCCAUGACGAGCCCGGCUACACCCAAAUAUUUCCAAACAAUGUCUCCCGCAACAACAACACCAUCGACAACAACCCCAUCUGCCCCACCCCAGCCGUCCGCUCCCCCACCCACAAGCAACAACAGCUCCGAAACCCCAACCACCAAGUCCAAUGACUCACCUACCCCAAACACACCGAAAGUACACCCACCCCGUAAACCGCUCCUCCGCCUUGAGCUCCGCGACCUCUCCUCACCAGGCGCAUUCUCCUUCCUCCGCCUCCUGCACGCCUCCACCGCCCUCGAAGAUGCCGUGCACACGGUGCUCCACCACCUCUACACCGCACUGCCACCCCACCACAUCCCACCCACGCGCUCCAUAACCCUCGUGCUAGAAGCCAUGGAAGGCGUAGCAUACACCAAAGGCUCCUCCCUCGACGCCGACCACAAAUCCAUCCACCUCAGCACAGACUACAUCGCGCACAUCCCCGACGCGCGCAAGAAGGAGGAAAUCACCGGCGUGCUCGUGCACGAGAUGGUGCAUUGCUGGCAGCACAACGCGCAAGGGACCGCGCCCGGUGGUUUGAUCGAAGGUAUCGCCGAUUGGGUGCGUCUCAAGGCGGGGUACGCGCCGCCGCAUUGGAAGAGAGUUGCUGGUGGGAAGGAUAAGUGGGAUUCUGGGUACGAACGCACGGGUUUUUUCCUGGAGUGGCUUGAACAGCUGUAUGGAGAGGAUAUUGUGCGGAGGAUCAAUAAUGAGUUGAGGGGGUGUGAGUACGAGGGUGCUGCGUUUUGGGGGAAAUGCUGUGGGAAGGAUGUGGAGGCUUUGUGGGAGGAGUAUAGAGCGUUUUUGGAUAAGGACAGCGCGGGGGGUUCGGGCUCGGGAGCUCUUGUUGAGGAGGAUGGGCAGGGUGGGAAUCAGACUGCUAAGCAGUCGCAGGGUGGUGAAGCGGAGAUGGCGAAGAAAUUUGAUAUUCCUGACAACAAAGUCAUUCCUGUUCGACCGAGGUUCACUUGA